UUAAGCAAACAGCCAAUGGGAUAUUCAGAGCAUUGGCAUUCAUUUCCCAACCACCAACUGUUUAAAAACGACAUCAGAAUAGGCAGUAAGAGGACAGUACCCGGGCAUCAACCUGUGAUACCAGCAUUUUUAACUGCAUCUUUCUGCAUCUACUCCUGGAUCGCCUGCAGCUUUGGUACCCUCCUGUAUAGUGAAGUUGGAGAGCACACGAACCACUUCAGCAAAAUGACCGAAACGGAAACGAGAAAUCAUCACGAUGGCAAGCAACAGAACGGAGGUGCCACGGCAGAAGCAUCGACGGUGGAGGAUGUUUUUGACGACACCUAUAAGGAGAAAGAGGGUCCUAAACCGCCGAGGAUGCUGGUGUGGAGAAAUAUCAUAUUGAUGAGCCUCUUACAUAUCGGUGCGCUUUAUGGACUGGUUCUCAUUCCCAAUGCUUCGGCGUUAACUCUUGCAUUCACUGCAGUGUGCUACUUCUUCAGUGCCCUCGGUGUGACCGCUGGUGCACACAGAUUAUGGAGCCACAGAUCCUACAAGGCUUCACUUCCCCUGAGGGUCUUCCUUGCUCUUGGCAACUCCAUGGCCUUUCAGAAUGACAUAUAUGAGUGGGCGAGGGACCACCGCGUCCACCACAAGUACUCCGAGACGGACGCAGACCCCCACAAUGCCACGCGGGGCUUCUUCUUCGCCCACGUUGGUUGGCUGCUGGUUCGCAAACAUCCUGAUGUCAUAGAAAAGGGCAAAAAACUGGAACUGUCAGACCUGAAGGCAGAUAAAGUGGUUAUGUUCCAAAGAAGGCACUACAAGCUCUCUGUGGUAAUCCUUUGCUUCCUCGUGCCGACAUUGGUGCCCUGGUACUUCUGGGGUGAAUCCUUGCUUGUGGCAUACUUCAUCCCUGGACUCCUGAGAUACGCCGUGAUGCUCAACGCCACCUGGCUGGUCAACAGCGCUGCGCACAUAUGGGGCAACAGGCCUUAUGACAAGACCAUUAACCCGAGGGAAAACUCACUGGUUGCUCUCAGCGCCAUAGGGGAAGGCUUCCACAACUACCAUCACACAUUCCCCUUUGACUACGCCAGCAGCGAGUUUGGCAUCAAGCUUAAUAUCACCACUGCCUUUAUAGACCUCAUGUGUGCCCUGGGUUUGGCCAAGGACCGCAAGAGGGUGUUGAAGGAAACGAUUGUCGCUCGCAAGCUGCGAACGGGUGACGGAGGCUACAAAAGUGGUUGAGUCCUAUUAGCUACAAAAUCCGCAAAUUGAUAAUUGAACCAAGACAGAACGUAGCAACAGCAGCAUUUCGGUGAUGAGGGGUGAUUACCAUGCUUCUGAUUAUAAGUUAAACCUAUUCCUGAGACUAAUAUUGGCUUUAAAGAGUUGUAGAACUUUCCAUAAAUUGUGUGGUUCUCUUUUAAGUUUUGAAGUGUCUUCACCGACUAUUAGCCGCAGCCAGUGACUUGACUACAUGUGCAAGCACAGCUUUUUCACCAUAAUAUAAAACAGGCAAGAAGAGAUUUAUAAAGGCUAAUUGGGAUUUAAGUCUCUUUUGGCAGCAGUAGGACAACCAAACAAGUCUGUGUGAGCGGUGUGUAAAAGCAGCAAUUAUUUACCGUAUCUCUUCUUUGUUAAUGUGCUAUUUAUUGAUAGUUGUUGGCACGUUGAAAGCUAUAUUGAAGCCAGUGAGGUUUCUCUACAGGCAAGAUUGAGGGCCUUUUGCUCUAACUUCAAGUUUCAUUCCACAGAGAGUGGAGUUUCCUCCUGAUAUUUGUUUGUCUAUUUUAAGCUAAGGUUUUUCUUUAUUUUUGGUAAGCUAGUAGUCUUACUAAACCAUAAGCUGCCGUGUUCAAUGCCAACACCAAGACAGUCAACACUCUACUGAACUGUCCCCAUUUAUCCUACCUGAGUAACCCUGGGCGAAUACAGCUCAGAUGUGUUAUACUUUUGGAUACUUUCACACACACUGUCUCCAACUGUCUAUGGGGCUCCUAAUGAGGAUUAGGUUCUCUGGUAUAACACAGUGUAUACCUCUGGUUAAGUUAUGAAGUCGCCACAGACUUCAUCAUUAACCCUUUUCAUGUAGACGCCUCUGGACUGAAACAUAGAACCAGAAUUCUCACUCUUAAUCUGAAAAGAGAGAAAUAUUUGCAUUUAUUUUGUAUUCAUUAUAUAUAUAUUAUAUUAAGAGAUAAGGCCUCCCUCGCCCUCAGAUAAGGCUAAUGAGGCAUUUGGUGGAGGUGUAUUUACCUUUUGUGCUGUGUGAUAUUGAAACAUGUAUGACUUGCCCAUAUGCCUUAUGAGGGUUACUAACCUGUUUCAAAAAGUAAAAGUGCAACUUAUGGAACUAAAUUAGGUUUAGGGUUUGGGUUAGGGUUCAGUUUUCUGUCUAAACCCCUCAGAAACUGAAAUCCAAAGUGGGAUAAUUUAUAGAUUCUAAAAAAAUGAUGGGUUACUACGAUUAUUAACUUUUGUGUAACCAAACAAAUACUUUGCUCUAAAACCAGAUCCAAACUUGUUAGGAUAUCAUUAAGGAUACUAUUGUAGUAUUUGUCACACGUCCUCUUUUACAGAGCAACAGUUUUUUACAGUGUUAACUUCUUGAAGUUUGAAUGCCUUAAAAAAUGGCACAGUUUUUUCAAAGAAUGUUUUUGCCCACUGUAUGUACCGUAAAUAAACCAAAUUUUCUACUUGUGAGAAAGUAUGUUUUGCUGUUUUUGUUGGAAUUCUGUAAUACUCCCUAUUCGUAUACUGAAUAAAAAAUAUGACCAUACUA